AUUGGUGAGAGUAGGCUUAUUUUCACUUUAGUGAGUAGAUCCUCACACAUGUUAAACUCAAGAUUUUUUUUUUAUUUUUUUGGCGGAAGAAGAACAAUUCAUCGUUGGAGAAUAAAGUCGAUCACUAAGGUACCUUUAUCUAAAGAAAUGAUGACAUGACAAUAUAAAAAGCCAACUACAAUGUUGAUAUCUCUAUAUAAGCUCAAGUUUCUUUCCUUUUUUCAAGCUUACAUGGUUUCCUCCGGCAUCCACACAAAAAGCUAGUAUAGCAACGUAGCUUUUAGAUCCUGGGUGAGAAGGAGAACACCUUCAGAUGUCUAUCAUAAAUUCAGCAGUGGCCGGUGGAGAGAUUGUUAUUAAGCUUGGUGUCCGAGGGAAUCUUUCACUUGGACUUGAGGUUUGGGAUGAGGUGCUAAAUUGUAAGAUCAAGCAAAUUCUAAUUUCUCAUGGAGAUGCCAUCAACUCCAUCCAAAUGGGAUAUACUACCCCAGCAGGGUUAUUUUUUAUGGCUCAUAGGCAUGGGGGAGAUGGAGAUACAUUUGAUUGUGUUAAUUUGGAGUCCUGGGAGACUCUCACCAUGGUGAAGGGAUACUAUGGGCCCCUGACAGGAAGCAAUGCAGCUGUUGUAAGGUCACUUAGUUUUGGCACCAACAAAGCCACAUAUGGACCCUUUGGUACAGAGGAAGGAACACCCUUCUGUUUCAAUAUUCCCUCUGGUGUUAGUUUUGGGGGGUUCCAUGGGCGUUCUGAUAGCCGUCAUCUUCAUGCGAUUGGCAUAUAUAUCAAGUCCAUGGCUAGACAUCAUCUCGGGCCAAAACCUGAACGAGUUGAUUUCACACGCUAUUAUCAUGCGGUGGAGUAGAAAGCCAGAAGUUUGGCUGAUCUUUCUUUCAUGUGUCCCAUUCCAUGGUUGCCAAUGCCCUCCUUGUUUCGACUACUGCAUG